UCAACAGUUUCCCUGACUGCACAGAAGAGUCAUGCUAAAAGCUUUGCAGCAGGAUACAGGCUCUCUGCUCAAUUUUAUCUUAGAUUAAAACAGGCAUACAAUGAGAAGGAAAACUAAGGUACACUUUUAGAACUGGACACCAGGAAAUAAUUUGCGUGCCAUUUGGAGGUAAUGUAUACAACCUACAUGUUCAGAAAGGAAGAGGGCAGCAUUUCUUUGAAUUAUGAUGACUGGAGGAGAUCCAUCUUUACUUUCCUCUACUAAUAAUGACUCUACAGAUACCUUGAAAACAUCUGGCAAGAACGCACCAGGGCUUAAAGAGGAGGAGGAGGCACAGCCAUAUUUCUGCUACCUUCCAGAACCAGAAGGACUGCUAACAUGUGACACAAUCACUGAGUCAUGGGCCAGCAUAAAAGAGAUGCUUCACCAGUUACCACCCCAUGAUAGUGAGGAGAGGUACUGUCAUUCUCUGACAGAAGAGGAGAGACAGUCCUUGCGGUUGUUCAGUGCUUGGAGAAAGAGCAAGGCCUUGGGACAGGGAACAAUAUGCCUGGUCCCCUUGACAUCCACAGACUGUUGCUGUCAAAAGUGUGGUCAAAUAAUUGGAGGAGGAGGAGCAACAGUCUUUGCAGAAAGCUCGGGGGAGCAGUCUUCAUGGCACCCAUCAUGCUUUCGAUGUUACACCUGUGAAGAAUUGUUGGUCGAGCUCAUAUAUUUUCAAGAAGAUGGGAGACUCUACUGUGGCAGGCACCAUGCAGAACUUUUCAAACCUCGCUGUGCUGCUUGUGAUCAGCUCAUCUUCACAGACGAGUGCACGGAGGCCGAAGGCAGUCACUGGCAUAUUCAGCACUUCUGCUGCAUUGAAUGUGACAAAGUACUUGGAGGACAGCGCUAUGUCAUGAGAGAAGGACGUCCUUAUUGUUACAGUUGCUUUGAAAAUAUCUAUGCUGAAUACUGUGAGGCCUGCGGAGAGAAGAUAGGCAUUGACUGUCAAGCAACCACAUACCAAGGCCAGCACUGGCAUUCUUCUGGUUCCUGUUUUUCUUGUGUGCAUUGCAAGAUGCCAAUUCUAGGAAAUUCAUUCAUUGUUGAGCAGGGUCUGCUGUACUGCUGUAAGAGCUGCAAAUUUUCUGAAGUAGCAGCUGUAGCAGACUGUACUGACACUGUCCUCACAUUCCCCUCGCCACAGGAGAUGCACACCACAAGGACUUCUGAAAAAGCAAAGGAAUUAGACAGUGGUUUAAUGUCAGUUCAAAGCUCUGUGAAGGAUACCCCUCAGUCUGAUGUCAGGACUCUCUUAGAAGUUGAUAGCACGAACAUAGCAGUGGGUUCAGCCACACAAGAUGUCCAUAAAAGCACUUCCAAAUGGACAGAGGAAGUACCCAGGCCAAAGCAGUUUCACACUGUAACAGGAAGAGAAGAGAGGACAACAGAACAACAGCUAAAUGAAAAGACAUCAUCAGCAGAUGACACAGCAAAACAGCAACACACACUACCUAAGGCCAAAGCCUUACGUACCUUUGCCCACUCUAAGUUACAGAAGUGUGAAAGUGAUGCUGGACAGGAUUCAAGAGCAAUCCAGGCAUACAUGGUAAAGCAACUAACCAAAGAACUAGAAGGAAAGUUUAAAGAGAAAGCAUUUACAUCUAAAGGCCUAGACAUGAGAAAUCCACCAAAUGGCCUCCCAAAAGGAUGGCAGAAGAAAUUACAAGACAACAGUGUGAAUGGUGGUAUCACCGAGAAUGAGUUGGCAAGGAAAUCACAAAAGAAAAUUACAACAGGCAUUCGUGUUCAAUCUCUGCAGACUCAAGGGACAGAAAAAGGCUACAAGGAUGAGGAGCAACAACACCCUCAGACAUUCAAAGGAAUUCCAGAAGGAAAUGGGACACUUACAAAACAACAUGGUCUGGUAGACAAGAAGUUCAGUGAGGAAAAAACAACUGAUUCUCCAUGCCAAAGUAAGCAACUCCAUACUCCACAGGGCAAUAGGAAGCCAAAGGACAUAGAGGAUGGAACAUUAAAGGCAAAGACCUCUGCUUGGUACAGAAAUACUAUUGCCAAGGCUAGAUUCAGAGAAGGAUCACACACUUGGACCAAGAGCAAGGCUUCAUUUCCAGAAUACCAUCCACCCAUGAGUGAGCAGAUUAGAAGAAAAGUUGUCCCCAGUGGUGGCUACCAUCCCUCACUGGUGGAGAGUAAACGAGCCUGCUCUGAUGAGGCCCUUCAUACAAUCACAAAAAGAACUGAAGGCAGCAGAGUAGGAGCACAUACAAAAGCACAGCAUCGAGCCCUGCAUCCCUCAGCUUCAUGCAGUCAUCAAGGCCUCAGAGAGGCUGAGGAUGGAAAAUGUUUAACUUGUUCCUCUUCAUCUUCUGACUCUGAGGAUGAUGGAUUCUUUCUUGGACAGCCACUUCCACACAUGAGAACUGAGCUGACAUCAGGAGCACAUACAUUUUACAGCAAAAAAUACCACAAAGACAAAAACUGCAUCCUUUCCUAGCUUCCAAAAAGGUCAUCUUUCUUUGACUUUAGUAGAAAAGUUUUUUUAAGGAUGGUUAAAAACAAUUAUAUCUUUUGUGACAGAUAGCAGAUUGUCACUGUUAAACAGUCAGAACUGCUGCAUUUUAUUUAAGCAAGACAAACCUAGUGUCUCCCAUAGAAAUUACUAAUUGAAAGAACACAAUGACAUCACAACACAAGAGCUCUGAUGUAAGAUCAAUGUGAUUUUAAUGCGGACUUCUGGCACUGGCAAUGUUAAUUCUAGCAUUACUGUUCAGCUGCAAUUCACAAACACAUGCAACAUCUUCAAAUUAGAGUGUGCAAAGCUGCAGAACAUAUCCUCAGUUCAAGGGCAUGUUAAUGUUUCUAAAGACAAUUUAACCUUAUGCAUUUAAUCUCUUCCAUCCCCAAGUUAAUGUAGUAGCUAAUGAUACUUAACUGUGUACUGCAGAAAUCACAGACUGAACUGAUACAUUGCUAGCUGAGGUAGAAUCAAGUCUUUCAGUUCAGAAUUAUGUAUUCAGAUCUCCACCUAAUGUUGAGUCAAACAUGGUUGCUGAGUGGGGAACCUUACAUAUCAGGGCACUUGUUACAGCUACAUGUUGUUAGUUGCAUACAGAGGCUACUGCUGUGAGUGAAAUGAAAUUAAUACUGCAGUAUUCAUUGAUCUUGUAGUAACAUCUUCCCACUGUGUCAGUAUUUGAAAUGAGUUUUUGCAUCAUUGACCUAGUAGUCAAGGCAAGUUCUUGUUUUCUAAAGGUGUUAUCAUGGAAACCAUUUAUAUAAAUUUUUCAGCAGGAGACAAGAUCACGCUCAGAAGCAGAAGUUGAAGGUUAACCUGAAGCCUUCAUUGGCAAUGAGGACUUAACUUUUUGUAUCCAUUAAGUGAAAUCAUUCAAAGUUUAUGACACCUUUGUCACCCACUUUAUGACAGGCUACAUUACUUGCGUGUGUGUGUGUUUAUAAAAUUGUAUUAUGACUCGUCAACUAGAAAUAAAAGGGAUCACCAAAUGUGCAAAUAGAAAACACCGACUUCAAACAGUGACUGCAAGUACAAGCAAAAUAUCAAAGGUCAAACACAAUAAAUGUUACCUUUCUCAACAGUAAAACUGGAGGGACACCCUCUCAAAGUGUUUUGCAAGAGAUCAGCCACCUUGUGCUCCCUCACCCCUGCUACAUUACAUACUCUAACUCCAAGAUCACACAACAGUGGGGAAAGGGCAGAUUUCUAAUCCACACUCUAUUGUCAUCUCAAAUUACUCCCAGAAGUGUUACUUAUGUUUGCCUUGCCAACCAGCACACCAAUACAAAUCAGUACUGAUUCAAAAAUGUUAAGUGAUCUAAACACAAGGUCUUACCUCAGGUGCCCGAUUUUAUCCGUAAACAUUCACCGAACCUCUCAAUUGUUCCUAUUUCAGAAGACCAUUCCUACUUUCAUAAGUGAUCCACCUCUGCACAGGAUGUCCCAAUUUUUUGGAAGUAUAUUCUUGUUUUCAGGCUUUGUUUACCCCUUCACCGAACUUAUCUGAAUCCCCCUCAUCACAUGUUUUUUUAAGCUAUCGAGUACACAGAAAACCACAGUACAUGACUAAAACACUAAUGGCAAUAAUAAUUUAAAGUAAGAGUACACACAUUUUACACAUCCCCUUUUCUCAAGCAAAAACAGAUGACCUUGUGUGGUAGAAUAUUGCAAAACAGUUCAAUAGUCUACAGAGUUUACACUUCUCUCUUUUAUAACGUGCGUGCAUUUUUUCCAUCAUUUUUUUGUCACACACUGUUUUUUAAACGUUUCCAAUUAGUAUUACACAUUUCUGCAGGAAGCAGAAAGCUGUGUACUAUUAGGUAUUCAUAUUUUAUAACUAGAUUUUCCGAUUCUUAGCUGGAUGUACCUACUUAUGAUGGGCAUUUGUUCUGAUUUUUAAUGAUUGCAUGUUGAGAGGUAUGACAAUCACCCUUCUAAACUCAUACACCUAUGAAGAUGCUCAAACAAAACUACACUUUUUUCAUCAUCCACACACACAGGUUAAAAGGCAGGAUGUGAAGCACACUUUUUCCGUAUCUAUCUUGGCUUCCUCCAAGUCAUACCAGCUGAGGAGGAAAAAAGUAUACUUGUGUUAAACAUUUUACAGUUUUGAAAUCAGUAGCACAGGUGAAUCUUGGCAAGCAAGUUGAGAACACAUGCUAAGCCGAAUGCAACCAUAGAGCCAAUCAUAAUUCUUUGUAGUGCAUUUUUUUAUAACUUUAUCUACUCCAUGUACUACCAGUUACAGAAACGGAGACAAAAAUAUAGGCAUGCAAAGUGUUUUACUUACUAUGGAAGCCAAGUAAAGCACUAGUGCUGUCAGAUAGCAGCAUACCGUUCAGCAUUUUUUGUUUAAGAAUUCUGGGCAAAUUCAAAAAUAAAGGGUAACAAAGAAUCAAAAUCAGGGACAGAUUUUAAAAAUUGAAACUCUAAAAUAUCUGAUAUUAUCGACUGACAGUAGUCCAUAGUAGUUAACAAAAAAUUAAACAUUUACAAGGAACAGGGCAAAAUAUGAGGUAAAAUCAGGGACUGUUGAGAGGUAUAGAUAGAAACAAAUUGCUGCCCUCUGAAAUAAUCUGUCUGCCACAAUUUUCUGUUUGUAAGUGUAGCAGACUGGCAUUCUAACAGCUUUUAAAAGCUGUUUUCCCUUCUGUUGCUAUUCUUUGACAAAUGGCAGUCUCUAAUGCCCACUCCCCAGUGCAAGACCAAUCUUAACAGCAUUUAUAAGUCUUUAACAAACUUCUGUUAAACACUCCUGAGCACUAAAUCAGUUCUUGCUGUAGGAAAGUGUUUAACAAAUGUAUCUUUUCCCCAGUUUCAGAGUACAAUUGCAAUGCUCCACGCACUACAAGGUUAUGUAUUCUUCUGACAUCACAAAAGUGCCUAACAAGGUUACCUUUUGCCAUUUUCUAGGUAUAGCAACUAAGCUUCAUGUAAUACUCCUUCACAGUCCAAAAGUCUUAUGAACUACUGAAGAAUGUAAAUCCUAGUUGAAUGGAUGUUUUUUGUAGCACUGUGAAUAAGACGAUGGCAUGGAGUGAAGCUGCUUUUAUAUGUUGCAUGCACCAAAUAAUAGCAGAGAAAUAUCAGUGAAUGAUAGGUGCUAUGCUCCUGCAAGGAGACCUUCAACUGAUGGUGGAAACAAAAUGGACAACAUGUUUCAGAGUACAAGCCUACUUGUUUUACUACAAGAGUUCUUCCUGAAGUAAGUCUGGCAUUGAUUUUCACAGUACAUUAGCACAAGGAUUUAAAGAGUGACAAAAAUUAUGAUAUAGAGUUCAGUGCCACUAGAAAAAUCAGAAUGAGACUGAAAAUUAUGUACUAUUGUGUUAGAGAUGGUGAUAAACCAACAGCAAUCUGAAUCGCAUCUCUUAGUAAUAGGUUCUGAAAAAUGAUCCUGGGUCACAUGACAAUGAAGAGUGCAUGACAUUAAUGGACAUAAUGUGAAACAGGUUACUCUGGAAUGGUAUGUACCAGAAAAAUAUACACGCUUUUUAUUAUCAAGAAGUUCAAAACCUCUGGCCACAAUAAGCUGAUUACAAUGUCAUGUGAAUUGUUCACAAAACAUUUCUGUAAAAAUAUAUUAAGUUUUUUUACACAAUACUAUGAUCUAGUUGUGGAAAAUGACUGUGACGUGCUGUGGACAGUGGGUAUCUUUGCACAUUAAAUUGUUGCACUUAUGUACAUUA